AUGAUCGAAAACGCGCGUAUCGCCCAUAGGUUUCUUGUUACCCCUGAUGGCCCCUGGCCUAUCGUUCUCGGCCUUGAUUUCCUAGAGGCUCACGAUUGCGUAGUCCAUGUCCGCGAACGACAACUUACACUCGGCCGAAACACCACCGCACCCGCCUCUCCAGCCACUAUAGACGAUCUCGACAUCAUGUACAACUCAGUACUUUCCGCCGUAGCGCUAGAGCCUACCCCCUUAGAUACCGUUCUUCCCGCCCCCUCCCUAAUCGGUCCGGUCGCGCACGAGCAGCUUAAGACCCUCCUGAGCUCCUUCCCAGAACUUUUCGCCUGGUCCACCGACACCAUCGGGCGCACCCACUUGAUUCAGCACACGAUUGACACGGGAGACGCCAAGCCCGUGUGGCAACCCCCACGCCGCAUCCCAUUGCGCUACCGCGAAGAAGUCAACAAGCUAUUAGAUGAACUGCUGCAGGCUAAAAUAAUCCAGCCUUCGUCAUCCCCAUGGGCUUCUCCCAUAGCCCUCGUCCCCAAGAAGGACGGAUCCGUCCGGCUGUGUGUCGAUUAUCGUCGCCUUAACGCCGUGACAGUUCGUGAUUCCUUCCCGCUCCCGCGGUUAGACGACACCCUAGACGCCCUAGGAAAUGCGGCAUCGUUCUCGACACUAGACCUCAAAUCCGGUUAUUGGCAGGUUGAGAUUCAUCCAGACGACCGCCAUAAAACCGCGUUCACGGUAUUCCAAGGUCUGUAUGAGUUCCAGACCCUUCCGUUUGGCCUGUGCAACGCAGCCGCCACUUUCCAACGUCUUAUGUAUCGCGUCCUUCAACCCCUCAUUCCAGACAAGUGUCUCGUCUACCUCGACGACAUUAUAGUGUUUGGGAGGUCUAUCGACGAACACAACCACAAUUUGCGCGCGGUAUUGGAAGCCCUCCGCUCCGCUGGUCUGACCCUUAACCCCACGAAAUGCCUUUUUUACGCCGCGAGGUAAAUUUUUUGGGUCACUUAAUCUCUCCCGGGCGCAUCUCCCCCCUGCCUGACCGCAUCCAAUGUAUCCGCACGUGGCCAACCCCCUCCAACCAAACGGAAUUACGCAGUUUCUUGGGGUUAGCAUCAUAUUACCGUCGUUUCAUCCGUGGUUUUGCUCAUAUCGCCAACCCCCUGCACAAACUCACGGAGAAAGGCAGACCCUUCGUCUGGUCGGACGACUGUGCACGUGCGUUCACCGACCUCCGCGCCGCCCUGUGCUCGGCUCCCCUACUUGCCCUCCCAAACGCUGACGACGACGCACCCCCAUUCAUUUUAGACACUGAUGCCAGUGGGUACGCCAUCGGCGCCGUACUCUCCCAAGCCGACGCGAACGGAGUAGAGCACCCGAUCUGCUUCGCAAGCAAUACCCUCACUAAACCACAGAGGAAUUAUUGUACCUUCCGUCGCGAACUCCUGGCGAUCGUUGUGAUCCUGCGUCAAUUCAAACACCUGCUGGUCGGACGACGUUUCGUUCUCCGCACAGACCACAGGGCCCUGCAGUGGCUGCGGUCCUUCAAGGAACCCAUGGACCAGCUGGCACGCUGGCAGGAGUUCCUUCAGGAUUUUGACUUUGAAUGUCAAUACCGUCGGGGCCACAAGCAUGGCAACGCAGAUGCCCUUUCCCGCUUGCCCCACGUCACUGACGCAGACCCCGAUAUACAGACAGCCGGCGUUAACGCUAUUGUCGUGUCGGAGCCAACACGCCACGAAUGGGCAACAGCGCAAAAAACGGACUCGGACACGGCCACUAUUUACCGCCACAUGAGUCUAGGGCUUCCCAAACCUACCGAGCGGGAAAUGAGAGGCGCUAGCCAGAGCGCCCGCCUAUUGCUCAACCAGUGGCCCUACCUCACCGUAGAGAAUGACAUAUUGUUUUUCCGCGACCCCACUUCCAACCGGCUACGUCCCGUCGUUCCCGGAUGCUUAGUAGAGUCCGUACUCACUGACCUCCACACACAGCUCGGGCACAGCGGCCAACGCCGCACGGAACUCGCUGCUCACAGCCGCUUCUGGUGGCCUCAACUACGUUCGGCCGUACAACGCUUCUGUCAGUCCUGCGCCACAUGCGCUACGUUCAAACCCCCCUCCCCCUCACCGCGUGCCCCGCUGCAACCUAUGACCACUGGCUUUCCGGGAGAGCGUGUCGGCCUGGACAUUGUAGGACCCUUUCCGAUAUCGGUGCGCGGGUUUGAGUACGUAUUAGUCAUGGUGGACUAUUUCACCAAGUGGGUGGAAGCAGUGCCACUCCUCCGCCAGGACGCGGCAUCAGUCGCAAAUGCCAUUAGCCGCACUUGGAUUAGCCGUUGGGGCGCCCCCUUGUCAUUCCAUUCCGACUGCGGCGCUAAUUUUCAGUCCCAGCUCCUACAAGACGUCUGCGAGAUCCUAGAGAUCCGCAAAACCCGAACUACCCCGUACCACCCCGAAGGCAACGGCCUUGUAGAGAGGACCAACCGCACGCUGCACGACCUCUUACUGGCAUUCUCACGGGACGGGCACGAGCACGACUGGGACGCACAUCUACCUCUGUGCCUGCUAGCUUAUCGCGGAACAGUACAUUCUUCCACGGGGUUCACACCUCACUACCUCUGGACUGGCCGCGACCUACGCCUCCCGGCCGACCUUCGCUACCCCCUACCCACACCCGACCCGUCAACACUACGCGAGUACGCCACGCACCUCCGAGGGGUCAUACGCUCAGCUCAUAACGCUGCCCGCGUUGCUUUGGGAGUUGCUACCCAGCACCAAAAAGAGCAGUUUGACCGCCGCACCGCUGGCACCCCACACCAAGUUGGCGACUUGGUGAUGCAUUACAACCCCGUACCCCCACAUGGCAACUCCGCUAAACUCCACCACCCAUGGCAAGGACCGUUUACCGUACUCGACGUACUCGCCCCCACCACAUUCAUGUUACGCGACGCCGUCCACCCUGACUUCCCCUCCUUUACGCACACUUUUCUAAGCUCAAACCUUACCGAGGGCGCCUACCCAAUUACACUCCCGAUUCCCUACCCGUCAUCCCCUAGACCUAGUUCCCCCGGUAGCCAUCGAGGUCUCCGUCCCUUCCCCCAUCGACCCCACCAGCACUGA